UGAGAGAGAAAAUAACGUAAUAAAUUGUUGAUUGAAAGCCCUUUAUUGUGGACAACGCGACUGGAAGCUGAAACGAUCUAAGAACAUCCAAUCUUGGGCUCAUGGGCCUUUAAAUUACAGUUCCUGCGUGGAUUGAUCUGAUCCUUUGUCAGGCAUCACGUAUAGAUUAAAGAGAUUCAAGAUUUAUUCUACAUUCCUCCAGUGUCGUCUGCAAUGGGAUACAGUUCAGAUGACGACAAGAUCCUCAGCUACAACGAUGUUGUCCUCAGGAGAUCAGAUUUGGACAUCCUCAACGGACCCAAUUUUCUAAACGACCGUGUCAUCGAGUUCUACCUAAGCUACUUAUCCACAGUCCACGCUUCACCUGCCAUCUCAGUAAUCCCUCCCUCCAUUGCCUUCUGGAUCUCAAACUGCCCCGACACAGAAUCACUCAAAGACUUCAUCGAACCCCUUGGAUUACGCGAUAGCGACCUCCUGAUAUUUCCUGUAAACGACAACACCAAUGUCGAGCUAGCAGGAGGAGGAUUACACUGGAGCUUACUCGUGUAUUACAGAGAAGCCAACUCGUUUUACCAUCACGACAGCCUUAUGGGACUGAAUCAAUGGAGUGCAAAACAGCUUUUCGAGGCGGUUUCUCCGUUUGUGUGUGAUGGUGAUGCGAUAUACAGAGAGUGCAGUGAUACACCACAGCAGAAGAAUGGGUAUGACUGUGGUGUUUACCUUCUUGGAGUCGCUCAGGUUAUAUGCCAAUGGUUUAGCUCUGGAGGAGUGAAGAACCGGGAUGAGUUGUGGUUUAAUGAUGUGAAGGAGUCUGUACCUGAUCUAGCUAACCAUUUGAGAGAAGAUAUAUUGGGGCUAAUCAGAAGGUUGAUCUCUGAGAAGAGUGAGUAAAUGAAUUAGAGAUUUUAUUGCAUGAUUUUACAUUUGAUAUUUCGUUUUAUUUUUGAACAAUUACAUUUGAUAUUUCCCAAUAUUCAAAUAUGUGUAGUUAAGCCCA